CCAGUAUUUGCUUCGGAAUCUAGUUAGCUGUCCGUCGAGAUGUGGUCUCCAUGUGCCCAGCGAAUGAGAUACAGCGUGGGGCAUUGCCCCCAUUGGUCUCCGGUGCAAACCGCUCCGAGGUCUUUUGCGACUCGGUUGGGUGUCAAGUGCCCUACCGCAUUGGGCUGCGCUCCUUCUCGCUGCUCCGCAUGGGCUGGGGAUACACCUCUCGGGCGUGGCUGGGGCUGAGCCGCGCCUCGGUCCAGCGCCGUGGCCGGCGGUGGCGCUGCGCUGAACGCCAGGAAGUGGUCUUGGAUCCAGACCUAUUCAGCCCAGAGACCUUGACACAGGCGGCAGAGCCUCUUCAACGGUAUACUUAUGAAAGCCUUUUUGGAGGCUCAGCAGCUUCUGAGAGCUCGGCCUUCAGUGUGGAUCAUCAAGUCUUUGGCAACUAUGGCAGUUUGUGGAGCUUCUUUGCCCUGGCGGACCCGAGUCGUUGGACCAUGGCGGACGGCAUGACGCCCGCCUGCCCGAGCACCUGCACAUUGGCCAUCCGAGCGGUGCGACUGUUGGCAGAGGUGGACCAGUGGCGGAACUCGUCGCCGGCCAGGCGCUUGCAGCAACUUAGCCAGCUCUCAUUGCUCUUUGGCAAGGGCGACCAGUGGGAGUCCUUGCGGACUUGGGUGUGGCCACGGCUUACGGAGCUCUGGAAGGAGGAUGCUUCCUGGAUCCUUCAAGAACUCACCGAGCCUCAACGGAGCUGCUUCGAUGCCUUGAACACCGGCAAGGCUGCAGAGGUUUUGGAGGACAGGGGCCUUUGGCAAUGGGAGCUUUCGGCCUCUGGAGUGUCAGGAAGCUCUCCCCGCCUGAUGACAGGGGGGUUUUGGCGGCCAUUUCCAUGUGUGUUUAGGACCAGCCUGGGUAGGCGUCUCCUCAAGGGAGAGGCGCCCGGUUUCACUGUUCAACUUUUUCGCGCUUCGUCUUUGGUAAGACGCCAUGCGCCUUUCCCUAAAAUCUAGGAACCAAAUCAUUUGUGCGAGCGCUUCUUCAAGGAAGCUCCCCCCCCCGUCCUCAGGUGUGGGGACCUUCUUUGAAGAAGUGUGAGCUAUCCUGGGUCCAUGCUAUUAGCGUCCUAGUAAGGUACUAGUUACCUCUCCCUU